UUUGGCUUAUCCUAGUUGGUGAUAUGUGAGCAGGCUCCGUGAAAUUACAUAUAAAUUGUACAUAUACAAUAUAUACGUAUAUAUAUGUAUGUCAAAGUCGAGUAGUGACAGUAGUGAUUGUUGACAAAGUAUAUAUUCUACUACAUGUAGACUUGCGCACGCUGUAUUUUUAAUUUUUAUUGGUGUUGGUAUGUAAUGUAGUAAUGGUUGCUUGAGCGGCAGCUCACUUGUUCACUUGUGUUCACUCGAGCUAUCAGGGUAAAGUAGAGUUUUGUGUGUAGGUGAGAGUAUCAAGAGGAAACGGAGGAAAGGAACUACUGGUAGCUCUCCCGCGAGUAACGAGUGCGGGUGACAGUGAACGUUGUGUGUUCGUGUUACGAGGUGGUCAGCUGUAUCAUUUUCUCUGAAGAACUAUCAGCAGCAGUACUAGGAGCAGCAUCUCCAUCAGUAUCAUAACAAAUAUAGACUAGUACCCAGGUGACACGCAACGUCAUUCUUAAGUAAUAACUAGUAAAUAAAACGUACAAGUGUAAUGUACUCAUGCACAUAGAUAAGGUCUAGGUCUAGGUCUAGGUCCAUCGUGUCAUCAUGACAGUUGUCGUCGAGUUCAAAAACACGGUGGUAUUGACGCGGGACUGUGCGGUUUAUCGGGUGACUUCGUUGGUGGUAUAAAGCUUAUUUAAUUGUCAAUGUCCUUCCGGGUUGAGGAGCUGGAGGUACUCACCUCGUCGUCGUCGUUAUCGUUCCCGCAAGGGUACUGUCAACACACGAUAAUAAUAAACGAGACAAUUGACAAGGCUUUACCCUCAUUGUUAUUCCACGUCUCGUUGUCACACGAGCUAAAGUUAUUUCGACAGUUUACCACCGAGAGAAGAUAAACUUGAUAUAUUGUUCCGGGAAGUCUCCUGGAGAUAUUUAUGUUGGUAUAAAAAUAAAUAAAUAUCAAUAAGUAAUAAAACGACUAUUAAUAUUGUUAAAUAAUUAUAACAAUGCUGGCAGUGAUCAGUUAUUUUUAGUAACGCCCUAUGGUUCAUUAAAUUGUCAUUACCUUUAUCUACUCACGUGACUAUUUACUUAAUAUUUUAUUUUCACUUUCCCUACUGACUAGUGGAGUUUCGUCAGUCUCCAGGUAACGUCGGUCUUCUGGCACCGAAUUCUCGUGCAUUGGUUAGUUGUCGUCGUUGUAGGAAAAUUUAACCGCAACGUGAUCAGAGUAAUCGGGGUUAAAUAGACAGCAAGAUGAUGGCCAACAAUAAACAGCCCUCGAUAAACGCGGUCCAGACGAAACCCGUGGAGGUUUCGCAGCAGCUGCAAGCCGGAGAGAAAUUUAUAAAAUGGGAUGAGGACUCCGGAGUGGCUACUCCGGUUACGCUGAAAGUUGAUGAGUUUGGAUUUUACUUAUACUGGAUCGACCAAAAUAACGAAGUAGACAUGCUGGACAUCGCGGUAAUAAGAGACACCAGGACUGGAAAAUAUGCUAAAGUACCAAAGGAUCCAAAGUUAAAGUCACUAGUGACAAUGGGGUCGCAAGACUGCUUAGAAGAAAAAACUUUGACCAUCUGCUAUGGAUCAGACUUUGUUAAUGUACAAUUUAUAAACUUUUGCACGACAAAAGCGGAAAUAGUACGGCAUUGGACAGACCAGUUACUACAAUUGGCGUAUAAUUUAACUUCACUUAAUAGCAGCGUCACUGCAUUUUUACAAAAAGCCCACACUAAAUUAGUACUGGGGGCUGAUAAAUCUGGUAAAAUUUCAACUAAAAAUAUAAUUAAAAUGUUUACGACAAAUAAAGAGGACCGAAAACGCGUUGAAAAGGCACUUGAUAUUUCUUCUCUGCCAUCUGCCAAGACUGACUCGGUACCGCUGCAAAAGUUUCAAUUUAAAGACUUCUACAAUUUCUACAAGUCGCUAACCCAGAGGACGGACGUUGACAAAGUGUUUGAUGAAAUAGUCGGCGGUAAUAGCAAACGCCGAUUGAUGUCAACAUCGCAAUUUGUUGAUUUUCUUAAUAAAUCACAGCGUGAUCCUCGACUCAAUGAAAUAUUAUAUCCGUACGCGAACGACGCCCGAGCACGAGAUAUUAUCAAUCAAUACGAACCGGAUAAAAAUAACGCCAGUCGAGGACAGUUGAGUUCCGAUGGCUUUCUUAGGUAUUUAAUGAGCGAAGAUAAUCCAAUUGUUGCUAUGUCAAAGUAUGAGCUCGACGACGAUAUGGAUCAACCUCUUGCUCAUUAUUUUAUCAAUUCUAGUCACAAUACUUAUCUCACAGGCCAUCAACUAACUGGAAAAAGUUCCGUGGAAAUAUACCGGCAGUGUUUACUCUCAGGUUGUCGCUGCGUUGAAUUAGAUUUCUGGAAUGGAAAAUUUGACGAGCCUGUAAUAGUUCAUGGAUACACAUUUGUGCCUGAAAUAUGCGCUCGGGAUGUAAUCGAGGCGAUUGCUGAGAGUGCCUUCAAAACAUCCGAAUUUCCGGUUGUGCUAAGUUUCGAGAACCAUUGCAAUCCGCGUCAACAGGCUAAGAUUGCUCAGUAUUGUAGAGAGUAUUUUGGUGAAAUGUUGCUUGACUCUCCCCUCGAUUCGCAUAAGCUGUUGCCAGGUCACAUGCUUCCACCACCGUCCCUGUUGAAGCGCAAGAUAAUAAUAAAGAAUAAGAAGAAACACCGUAAUCACAAAAAAGACCACAAAAAGCAUCACCAAACUGACCAGACUGCUCAAGGUGCUCAAGUGACUGAGAGCAACGGCGUAAGUCAGCAAGUUGACGGUGAAAACGGUCCCCCGCCUGACGUAGUGCCGCAAGCUGAAAUUGAAGGCGAACAACCGAUGGGCAACGGCGUGUCCCACAGUCCGGCGAUGCUCCAACAGCGACAGAGCAGCAAAGACAGCAACCAGGAUGAUGAUGAUGACGAGGAUGAAUCCAGCACUGAGGAAGACGAGUCGAAUGUCGAGGACAUUAAGUUGAGAAUGGAUGACAAAGUAGCAGCGACUGACAAAGUUGCAUCAACUGCUAAAGAAACCGAAGCUGGUGCUGAAAUAUCUGCUCUCGUAAAUUAUGUGCAGCCAGUGCACUUCAAUAGUUUUGAAAAUGCUGAAAAGAAAAAUCGUAUGUAUGAAAUGUCUUCGUUUGAUGAAAAACAAGCGACAACUUUACUUAAAGAAAGACCAUUGGAAUUUGUCAACUAUAACAAACAUCAACUAUCUCGUGUUUAUCCGGCUGGAACGCGGUUCGACUCGAGUAAUUUUAUGCCUCAAGUAUUUUGGAAUGCCGGCUGUCAGUUGGUUGCUUUAAAUUAUCAAACUCUAGAUUUAGCUAUGCAGCUAAACCUCGGAAUCUUUGAGUAUAAUCAGCGUUGCGGUUAUUUGCUGAAGCCGGAAUUCAUGAGACGUAAAGAUCGUCGUCUGGAUCCGUUCGCAGAGUCAACAGUCGACGGUAUAAUUGCAGGGACUGUUCACAUUCAUGUAAUAUCUGGUCAAUUUUUGAGUGAUAAACGUGUGGGCACUUACGUCGAAGUUGAUAUGUACGGACUGCCAGCAGACACCGUUCGCAAGAAGUUCAGAACUAAAAUAGUACCCAACAACGGUAUCAAUCCAAUCUACGACGAAGAGCCAUUUGUAUUUAAGAAGGUCGUAUUGCCCGAGCUCGCGUCUCUCCGUAUCGCUGCUUACGAAGAGUCCGGACGAUUAAUUGGCCAUCGAGUGCUUCCAGUAGUGGGUCUCUGCCCGGGAUACCGACACGUGACUCUGAGAAAUGAGUGCGGUCAGCCUCGUCCUCUAGCCAGUCUUUUUCUCCAUGUUAUUGUUAAGGACUACGUACCUGAUGGAUUCAAUGAUUUUGCCGAGGCGCUUGCCAAUCCCAUUAAGUAUCAAUGCGAGUUAGAAAAGAGAGCCAAGCAAUUGGAGCGGCUGAUGGACAUUGAUGAGGGAUUAGAAGGAGAAACUGACGACGAAACGGCAAAAGCUAAGAGAUUACAGUCUUCCGGGGAUUUAUCUGGUGCACUGCCGGUGUCAGGAAGUCCACAUGGUCGAGCAUCAUCAGCUGGUUUGGAAGUUCCCGACACUCCUGAUAUGGAAGACGGAAUUGUUUCGCCAACAGUUUCUGUCGUCGAUGUUUCGUCUAAUAAAAAUUCAACUGUCGUUUCGAUUGGAGACGGAAUCGUUGCGGAGAGUUUGGAAAAACUUAUGAACAACAAGCUUGUUUUGGAGAAAAAAGGAGAGUUGGAUAAGAAACUUGAAUCUCUGCGUCGCAAGCACGAAAAAGAACGAGCUCGCAUCCAGUCGGCAAAGGGUUCCGUCGAUGGGGAGAAACAUAAAUCAAAAUUUUACAACAACAAAUUAGUCAAACGGCUUUCUACCAAAAAUAUAUUUUCCAGUGAUGUCGGUCUGAGCAGCAUGACUCUAGCAGAGACGUCGGAGUGUCCGGAAGAGGGAGUCGAGGGUGCAGUGAGAGGUCUCCCUAGGAGUCAAAGCGAGCGGUUGCUAAAUAUCUUCAAAGAGCAGCUGGAUCAAGAAAGAGAACUUCAGGAAAAAUAUCACGAGAUUGUGUACUCGAUGGUUGAAAAAGUUAUGAAAACAUCUCAGACAAAUCAAAUGAAGACACUCAAAGUUCUUUUGGAAAGAGAAAUAAGCAGCGCUAUGAGAAAGUUACAAAAAUUACGACACUUUGAGGUGAAACAAUUAGCGAAAGUACACAAAGAUAAGGCGGAGUUCGAUCGCAUGAAACGAGAAGUUGGCAAGACAACCAUUCAAAAGGGAGUUAACGAAUGCGGUCGACUGACGACUAUUUACGACAAGAAGAAAUCAGAGCUAGAAAUCCAGCAUGAGGAAGUUCGUCAGAAGCUUGAAGAUGAGAGAAAUAAGGUAAAGGCGGCGUUACAAGCCGAGUACACUAGUCGUUACAAUAAAUAUGAGAGUGGUGAGCUAGCGUUAACGCCUUCAGGUAGUACAAGUAUUGCCGAUACGUUGGGUAGAACACCUUACUGACUCCCCGCGCAGGAUCGCGACCAGAUCCACGAGCUAUAUCGCAAUCGACCUUUUCACGUCUAGUGUACGUUAAGAGAGACAGAUAAGACUUUUUAAAAAUAUAAUACUCCGAGUACGAGUUUUAAAUACGGAAAUAUAUAAAUACCGGAGAAACCGGAUGACUUUUAUGACAAAAGAUAGGAAGUACUGGACGUGAGUACACUGAGGAAUAAUUUACCUCGGGUAGUUUGUAUUGUAUCUGAUAAAAGACUCGCUUUGUCGACAAAGUAAACGUCUUUGCAGUUUUGUGUCUAUUACGAGACAGGUAUUUUAAAAUAUAAAAAUAAAUAGUACGCUGUACAGCGAACGACACGUCAUAGCUCUCCUCAUACUCAAUUUAUUUUCUUUUUAUUUUUAUUAUUAUUGAUUUUUUUUUCGUCUUUUUUUUAACAGUAUUAAAAGAGUACAGAUAAAUAUCCAUUACAUAUAUUCAGAAAAUUUUUUUUUUUAAAUUCAGUAUGUCAAGAAUUUAAUUUAUAAUUAUCUGACCGUACAUUAUUCUAAAUAAGUGUAAACUUUUUGAAACGAUUGCUCUCCAUCUUGUUGUUAUAUACAUAAGAGUUAUUUAUUUAUUUUAUUCUCACGAAAUAUUAAUAUAUAUAUAUAUACAUGCAUACAUACAAACACAUAUUAUUAUUAUUCUUACAGUAAACAAUUGAAUUUUUAAAAGAAUUAAAUCCACGUUUCGUAAUUUUUAAAUAUUCGCGCAAAUUUUUCUGGCCUAUAAAAAUAAAAGUUAAAAUAAAUCGGUUAAUUUUUUGGCUAUUGUAAAAUUUAACUGAAAGUAUAUAAAUAUAUAUGUAUAUAUACUGUAAAAAAUUGGGAGUGAAUUCGGAGGAUUAUGGAUUUUAUUUCACUCCGCAAUUUUUUUACAGUAUAUAUAUUUGGGAAGCCGUAAAAUAAAAAAAUAAUAAAUACUAUUGAUAAUAAUAAAAUAAGUCUGGUGUAAUAAAAUUAAAAUUAUUUUUAAAAAAAUCUUUUAUUAUUUCGAGUAAUUACACGAGACGUGGGUCUGAUAGAUAUUUUUUUUCGGUUAUAUAUUAUAAUUAAUUAAAAUCGUGUAAGAUUUAGCCGUAAAUAAAAUAUUAUCAUCUCUUACGUGUUUUGGAUGGUGAUAUGAUCAAUUGGUUUAACGGUAACUUCGAGGAAGACAAUCAAAAAAAAAUUUUACACGAUAAGCAUUUAGCGGUAACACUUUCCCUGUUAUUUAUAAUCUAAAAAAAUUAAUUAAAUAUAAUUAAUGAUAAUAAUUAUUGUAAACGAGUCUUGAUUAAUUGUAAAUUUAUUUAUUUAUAGUAAUUCGUGAUGUGUGAUUAUUAUUAUUUAUUUUUAAAAUUAGUCACAAGUUACCAAUCGUCUAAAUAUAUAACAACAUGUAUACCUAUAUAUAUUUAUUGAUAUAAUAAUUAUAAAUAAUAAGUAAUCAAUGUCUUUUAAAAUAAACAUUGGAUGAGGCGGUUAGAUCUAGAGUGUUUUUAAAUAAAAUAAUAAAUAAUUAUUAUUUUAAAUAACCCAAAGUUUUUUUAAUGCCAAAAGCACUUUUUAAAUGAUUCAUUUUUGCCGUUACGCUUAUUUGUUUCUCGGCAAAAUGAAUAAUAAUAUAUAAUAUAUAUAAUUAUUGUACGAGACCUCAAUCAAACCGCCAGUCGAUGUUGCGAUACGCGUUUGUGAUAUAUAAUGGAUCUCAAUUAAAGCAAUCGUAUGAUUGACAAUGAAGUUUAAAAUCUAUGACUAAGGGGAAAGGAUUUUAAAGAAUGGACACUACACAGAAAAUAAGAAUUUCUUGCCGCGAAAUAUUUUUAUCUGUCCCAAGAAAUUUUUUUUCAUUGUGGGUGCAUUCGGAAAUGCUCUAAGCUCUAGCGAAGCGUUGCCAUAUACUGAGAGUUAGAGUAUUUCUGAAUAUACCCUAUAAAUUUAAAGCAAAAAGUUUCUUAUGGCGCGAAAAGUUUUCUCAGGGCGCCGAAAAUUUUCUUGCACCAAGAAAAAAUUUUUUGGAGUGAGAAGAAAAUUCUUGCGUCAAGAAAUUUUUUUCUAGAUCUAAGAAAAUUUUUUUCUGUGUAGUAAUAAUAAUAAUAAUAAUAACAAUAAUAAUAAUAAUAAUAAGAAUAAUAAUAAUAAUAAUAAUAAUAAUAAAAUAAACAAAGUACAAUGCUUCUAUUUCUCACUGAAGUUGCUACAAUCGUACGAAAGUCGACUGAACUAUUUGCUAAUGAUAUUGUUAGAAAAAAAUAAAUUAGUAGAAAAAAAAGUAGAUUGAUAUCUGAGACGAGUUUCAAUAAAUUUAUAUCGGUAAAUAAAAUAAUUUUUUAAAAAUUAAUGCUCAGUUUUAAAUCGAGUUUUAAAAAAACUUUAUCAGCUAAAUGAUCUUACGUACAUCUGAGCAAUAAACUGGACAUUAAAUGACGAUACUGAGUAAUUAAAUUGUGAAACUUUUAUCAAUUAUACCGAUCCCCAAAGUCAAUUUAGUCCAUUAUACUUAUACUUAACUAAUAACUGCAUUUUAUAGAUAGUAAUUGUAUUAAUUUAAUUGUAAAAAAAAAAAGAAAAAAAUGCUGGAAAAUAAGCGCGAGUUUAUUAUUUUGAAUCGGCGACCAGUCACGUCAAAGUCGCUGUUAUUUAUUAUUAUAAUUUACUUAUUUCUCUGUUUUAAACACUUCCAUAUUUAUGUCUUCGAAUAUUUAUAAAUUAUUUAUGACAACUUUUAAAAAAUAAAAACCAAAAUAAUUCCAUUUAAUUACUUAGUGCAUUUAAAAUUUUAUUUGAAUAGUUAGCGGGUAAUGAAAUGUAAAUUUAUAUUUGUGUUUAUUAAUGAAAAUUAAUUCAUUUUUAUUCUCUGGGUUAUUUUUUUUUUGUUAAUUAAAAAUAAUUUAAAAAAUGAAAUUAUCCAGUUCUGUUUGUAAAAUAAAAAAACGCGCAUUUAAAAUGCAAAUUUUUUUAUGAGAAUUCUCUCUAAGAGAUUUUAUGGAUGCAUUGUAAA